CACCGGAAGCAGUAAUUUUCAUUCUGCUACCUUACCGUCGUUUCUGACUUGCUUGUGAUUCAUGUUUUGUUAGCUAAUCUGGCUAGCAGAUGUCGACUGGUUGAACCUAUUUUCAGAUGAAUAUAUGUGCAUAAAACGAUUCAAACGCCACUCCUAGUAAGAGGGGAGGAUGGCACACCAAUGCACUCCACCUGAGGUGUCCCAGAGGACAGAGUACCUGGGACCAGAUAAUGAUUCCGACAGGGACUCUGGUGUUGGGGAUGAUGCAGGAGAGGAUGCUGACAGUUGCCAUGGAAGCACAGUAACACAAGAGGAGAAAGUCAACAAGCAAGAUGCCAUGGAAGAAAACAGCGGGGGGGCAGAAGAUUUUACAGUUUUUGUUGCCUUUCAAGGGAAUAUGGAGGAUGAGGACUUCACACAAAAACUUGACACUAUCCUUAGUGGGAUACCUAACAUGCUUGAUAUGGGCUCUGAGAGGCUACAGCCACAGCAUGUGGAGCCGUGGAACAGUGUGCGGGUUACCUUCAACAUUCCUCGGGAUGCUGCCGAGCGACUCAGACUGUUGGCCCAGAACAACCAGCAGCAGCUCAGAGAUCUGGGGAUUCUCUCUGUGCAGAUAGAAGGGGAAGGGGCCAUCAAUGUGGCUGUGGGACCAAAUAGAGGACAAGAAGUCAGAGUGAAUGGACCAAUUGGAGCACCUGGCCAGAUGAGAAUGGAUGUCGGCUUUCCAGGUCAACCUGCUCCAGGAGGAGUAAGGAUGGCUAAUCCGUCUAUGGUUCCCCCUGGGCCUGGCAUAGCAGGUCAGGCUAUGGUACCAGGUAGCAGUGGACAGAUGCACCCUCGAGUUCAGAGACCAUCUUCACAGACAGGUUCAGAUGUGAUGGACCCAAUGAUGCCAGGUAUGUCAGUUCAGCAGCAACAGCAGCUUCAGCACCAACAGGCUGGUCCCCAUGGCCCAGGUCCCAUGACUCCUCAAGCUGCCCAUCACAUGCAGGCUCUGCAGGCCGGGAGACCACUCAAUCCUGCUGCACUGCAGCAGCUGCAACAACAGCAUCACCAGGCCCAGCAACAAGCUCAGCUCUCCCAGCUUGGACCUAGACCUCCAUUCAACCCAUCAGGCCAGAUGGCUGUGUCUCCUGGCUGGAACCAAUUGUCCUCUGGGGUUCUCCAGCCGCAAGCCACCCAAGGAGGUCCUGCCUGGAGAAAGCCCCCACCCCAAGCCCAAAUGGUUCAACGCCCACCCUCCCUUGCUACAGUUCAGACACCCAGCCACCCUCCGCCCCCUUACCCAUUUGGUAGCCAGCAGGCUGGCCAGGUAUUCAAUGCCAUGGGACAGGGACAAUUACAGCAACAACAGCAGACAGGAAUGGGUCAAUUUGCCGCCCCCCAGCCUAAAGGCCCACAGGGUGGCCCUGGUGGUGUCGCAGGUCCGCCCAGACCCCCUCCACCCCUUCCGCCAACUUCUGGACCGCAGGGCAACCUCACUGCCAAGUCCCCCGGUUCCUCCUCAUCUCCUUUUCAGCAGGGUUCACCAGGGACUCCUCCAAUGAUGGCUCAGAGACCUACAACUCCACAGGGUUUUCCCCAGGGUGUUGGUUCACCAGGAAGAGCAGCCCUCGGCCAACAGGGUAACAUGCAACAAGGAUUCAUGGGAAUGCCCCAGCAUGGACAGCCUGGGGCCCAAGUUCACCCAGGCAUGCCAAAGCGUCCCAUGGGCUUUCCAACCCCAAACUUUGUCCAAGGUCAGGUGAGUGCCAGCACUCCAGGGACGCCUGGUGGAGGAGCCCCUCAGCAGCUACAGAGCAGCCAAGCAAUGACUCACACAGGAGCUCAGCCGUCAGCCUCCACACCAAACUCAAUGCAAGGUCCACCCCAUGCCCAACCCAGUGUUAUGGGUGUACAAAGUAGUAUGGCAGGUCCGCCCCCUGGAACAACCACUGGGCCUAGUAUGGGCCAGCAACAGCCUGGCCUCCAGACCCAGAUGAUGGGCCUCCAGCAUCAGGCCCAGCCCGUGUCCUCCUCCCCCAGCCAGAUGGUUCAAGGCCAGGGUGGAGGUCAGACUGUCCUCUCAAGGCCCCUCAGUCAAGGGCAGAGAGGAGGAAUGACCCCACCCAAGCAGAUGAUGCCUCAGCAAGGCCAGGGGGUGAUGCAUGGGCAGGGUCAGAUGGUUGGAGGCCAAGGGCACCAGGCCAUGCUCCUGCAGCAGCAGCAGCAACAACAGCAACAAAAUUCCAUGAUGGAACAAAUGGUUGCCAACCAGAUGCAAGGCAACAAGCAGGCAUUUGGAGGCAAGAUUCCAGCUGGGGUCAUGACUGGCCAGAUGAUGCGUGGCCCUUCUCCAAACGUGCCAGGUAACAUGGCACAGUUCCAGGGCCAGGUUGGCCCACAGCAGAUGACUCCACAACAGCAGCAGCAAAUGGCUCAACUCCAACAACAGCAGUUACAACAGCAGCAACAGCACCAGUUGCAACAGCAACAGCUUCAGCAGCAGCAGCAGCAGCAACAGCAGCAGCAGCAGCAACAACAACAACAACAACAACAACAACAACAACAACACCAGCAGAUGAACCAGCAACAGCCCCAACAGGUUGCUAUUGCUGGCAAUCCUAAUCAAGCUAUGGGCAUGCAUGGGCAACAGAUGAGGCUUCCUGCUGGUCAUCCUCUUAUCCAACAACAAUUGCAACAGCAGCAGUUACAACAGCAGCAGAAACAGCAGCAACAAGCCAUGAUGCAACAGCAACAACAACAGGCAGCUCAACAACACCCACAUCCUCUGGGAGAUCCCAAUAGUGGGACAGGGGAAUUAGGGGUUCAACAGAUGGUCCCUGAUAUGCAGGCACAGCAGCAGCAAGGCAUGAUUGGGGGGCCUCAGCACAUGCAGAUGGGAAAUGGCCACUUUGCAGGUCAUGGCAUGAACUUUAACUCACAGUUCCCGGGCCAGAUGCCAAUGGGGGCACCCUGUGGACAGCCAGGGGGCUUUCCCGUCAGCAAGGAUGUUACACUGACUAGCCCACUGCUGGUCAACCUGCUGCAGAGUGAUAUCUCAGCCAGCCAGUUUGGGCCAGGCGGAAAACAAGGAGCAGGGGGAGGUAAUCAGACUAAACCCAAAAAGAAGAAACCGGCACGAAAGAAGAAGCCCAAAGAGGGAGAGGGACAACAGCAAGUGGAGGGACUUGGUGGUCUUGAUGUGGCUGCUGGCAUGGAGGAAUCCGAACUGCCAAAUCUGGGCGGUGAACAGAAUUUGGGCUUAGAUAACUCUGGCCCAAAACUCCCUGAUUUCGCCAACAGGCCUGCAGGCUUUCCUGGCCAACCUGGUGACCAGAGAGUAUUGCAGCAGGUACCCAUGCAGUUUAUGCAACAGCAGCAGCAACAACAGCAGCAACAGCAGCAACAACAGCAGCAGCAACAACAGCAACAGCAGCAACAGCAACAACAGCAGCAGCAGCAACAGCAACAACAGCAGCAGCAGCAGCAGCAGCAACAGCAACAACAACAACAACAACAACAACAACAACAACAAAUUCAGCACAUGCAACAGCAGCAGAUACAGCAAAUGCAGCAACAGCAACAAAUGCAACAGCAAAUGCAACAACAGCAAAUACAGCAACAGCAGCAACAAUUACAGCAACAGCAGAUGCAGCAACAGCAACAGAUGCAACAGAUGCAGAUGCAGGGUCUCCAGAAUGCUCAAGGGCAGCAGGGGAUGACAGGGCCACAGACUUCAGGUCAAGGCCAGCCCCAGAUACACCCUCAUCAGCUGCAGCAACAACAACAGCAGCAGCAAAAUCAACAACCACACCUGCAACAGCAGCAACAGCAGCAGAUGAUGAUGAUGCUGAAGAUCCAGCAGGAGCAGGCAAAAAAUCGCAUGUCCAUCCCAGCAGGAGGCCAGCUCCCUCCUCGGGGCAUGGGCAAUCCAUCUGAGGGGCAGAGGCUUCCUGUCUCACAGCAAGGCAACAUGCCUGUAAUGAUCAGUCUUCAAGGACAUGGAGGGGUACCACCGUCACCUGACAAAGCCAGAGGGAUGCCCCUGAUGGUGAACCCACAGCUUGCAGGCACUGCACGAAGAAUGUCCCAUCCUGAUGUAGGCCAGGGUCCCCAAGGCACUGGCUCUGAAGAGGCCUCUUCAGGGGCCCACCCAAAGCAGGACAGGCCUGUUGGCCCAGAAAUGGGGGUGCAGCCUGGAAAUGGGACCCAACAGAUGAUGGCCAAUCAGGGCUCCAACACUCACAUGAUUAAGCAAGGGCCUGGUCCAUCACCAAUGCCCCCACACACUGGAGCCAGUCCCCAGCAACAGUUACCCACUCAGCCUCAACAAGGAGGCGCCGUGCCUGGCCAUCAUUUCCCUAAUGUUCCCACAACCUCACAGAGCUCCAGGCCCAAAACCCCAAACAGAGCUAGCCCCAGGCCGUACCACCAUCCCCUCACACCAACUAAUCGUCCACCCAGUACUGAGCCCUCUGAAAUCAAUCUUUCACCUGAGAGGCUAAAUGCCUCAAUUGCAGGACUGUUUCCUCCCAAAAUCAACAUUCCUCUGCCUCCUAGGCAGCCUAACCUAAACAGGGGAUUUGAUCAGCAAGGUCUUAACCCAACAACUCUGAAAGCCAUUGGGCAGGCCCCUCCUAGCUUAACUCUAUCAGGCAACAACAACAAUGGCACUACGGGUGGAAAUAACACUAACAACAGUCAGCAGCCUUUCUCUACUGGUACUGGAGCAGGGGGUGCAGGUGCUAAGCAGGACAAGCAAACUGGAGGGCAGUGCAAGAGGGCAAGUCCCAGCAAUAGUCGGAGGUCAAGUCCAGCCUCUAGCCGCAAGUCAGCCACCCCAAGUCCGGGAAGACAGAAGGGGACAAAAAUGGCUAUCACAUGCCCUCCCCACCAGCAGCAGUUGGUCAACCCUCAGGGGCAAACCAUGAUGCUAAGCCCUACCUCAGUACCCCCAAGUCCAGUAUCUAUGCCUUCACAAGUGAGUGUGGGAAUGGAGGCACAACAGACUCAAAGCUCCUUCCAUGGGACUCAAGGUAACCCUUCUGAGGGAGUUAGGGAAAGUCAGGGAAUGAUGACAGCAGAGCAGCGACAGAUGCCUCAAUCUCAACCCCAACAACAGCCUUUGAGGGAGUUAUCAGCCCCCAGAAUGGCAAGUCCUCGUUUCCCCAUGCCUCAGCAGCCUAAACCUGACUUGGAACUGCAGGCUGGCACAGUUGAUAGGCAAACAAUACACGUGGCACCUGUGCAGGACACUGAGGUCUCACCUGCUCUUAGGGCAGCUCCAACGUCCCUCAACCAGUUACUGGAUAACACGGGUAUGCCAAACAUGCCUCUUCGGCCCAUACACAAUAAUACUGUCAGGGAUGUUAUGGGAAAGGACAGUCCCAAGCCUGCUUUGGAUCCAGACAGACCACUCCACAGUAAUUCCCAGAGUACAGAUGUCUCAGCCUCUGUCCCUGCUACUGCCACUAUAAAUGAAUCAGAAGCUAAACCAAGACCUGCUGCUCCAAUCCCUACCAGCAGUCCUAACUUGCAGCCAGCUUCAGUUCCCUGCUCGCACCCUAGCACUAUUGUGAACUCCAAUACUACCCACAGCCUUAAUCAAAACCCAAUCUCAAGUCUUGGUGUCAACCCCAGUCCGAAUGUCAACCCAACAACUACUCUUUGUAAUACGCUCAGUACUAACACUAAUACCACCCCAAUUGUAAGCACCAACACAGUCACUUCCGGUCAGAGCAGUUCUGCCUCAACUGUUAGUACCAGUUCUAUUACCAGCUCUGCUCUAAACCCGGCCAGUUCAGCUCUAAAACCAAACCCCAGUCCUAAACCUGUGACAAGUGUUCACUCAGUCAUACAGAUCCCUGCCUCCUCUAGCACCAUUUCCCCCAACCAGAUUACUGUGUUUGUCACCUCUAACCCCAUCACCUCUGCCCCCACUGCCCAGGCAUCCUCAUCUAUGGUCUCCACCAUGGUGGCUGUCCCUAACAAGAGCAUUAGACCUCAGGACAUCCGGCAGCAGACCCCUGUCCCCCGACCUCCUCAGUUCAUCGCCACAACCCCCGUAUUUAUCAACCCAAUUUUCCAGGUCCCGGGUGCAUCUGUGGCUCCCAAUACCACAGUGGUAUCACAGUCAGUGACUAUGGUGGGGCCUAUCCAAGUGUCAACCACAAACAUCCAACUUUCUCCUGCCCCAAGCUCCACCCAGUCCUCAGGGGCUAACAUGACCAGCACUCAGUCUGCUAGAAGUGCUGUUGGACAGAUCCAGAUUGCCACUAGUAUGUCCUCGUCAGCCCCAGUUGGUUCUCUCACAACUCCUCAGCAAAUUAACCCAGGGGCUCUCAAAACAGAAAAUUUAGGUGAGGCAGGUUCUACUCAGAAAUCUAGUCCCCCGGUCCAGAAGCCAUCUCCCCAUCCUAGCUCUUCAGCAUCCUCUCCCUUUCAGCCACAUCUGGCUUCUCCACCUCCCUGCUCCAGUCCUGGGGCUGUGAACACCAUUAGAAAGACCCCCAUGUCUCCAUCUCCCACUGCCCCAGUAAAAGGUAAACCUGCACAGGCUGCUGCGGCUGUUUCUGGUACAGCUGACUCACAGCAGAGUCCUGUGGACAGGCCUGCACAGGGGCCCACUCUGUCUGUGCCACCACAGGUCUUUCAUCCUCCUGCAAGUCCUGCCAUUCAGAUUGAAGCACCAGCUCCCCAUCCUAUUGUGGCUGCUCCAAACAACAUUACUCCACCUCCAGUCUCCUCUCCAAUCCCAGCUCCUGGCCAAGUUGCUAUUAAUACUCAGAUUAUUACCCAGGCUGCAGUUCCUGCACCAGCAACAGUGUCAAGCCCAGUCCAGGCUGUAAGCUCUCAAGCUCCUAUAGUCACUGUAGUUGGUACUGCCACAGAUGUAGCUUCUGCCACCUUGCUGUCAACGGUGGCCCCUGUACAAGGUCCCAUACCGUCCAUUGUUCCAGUUGUUGCGGCACCUGGACCUCUUCAGGAGGCUCUCCCCACCACAUCCUCUCCAGUUGCUACCCCCAGCGGAGUUCCACCAGUUCAGUCUGACCCCCCAGCUAUGGAGCCUCCCAUGCCACCAGCUACAGCACCUCAUGAAACCACUCAUACCAACCCAGCACCUAUUCAACAAGAAGUCCCACAGUCACAGGAAUCAGUUGCCAGUGAGAAGAUGGGUGAAGAGGUCUCAACAGGUUCUGAGCAGGGAUGGGCAAAGAAAAGAAAGACGCCCAUCAACUUAGUCCCAAGAGCUGCUGUGGAGAAGCCCAAGGGACCGAGCAGACGCAGCUCCCGUGCAGAGAAGGAGGUGGAGGAGGAGCCAGUAGCAGACAGUGGCAUUAGGAAGAGAUCAGCCAGGCCUGGAACCAGUGCUGCUGUAAAAGAAACUGGAGCAAGCCCCACCCAAGCCAAACGAAGGAAGUCUAAAUAGGCACAACAGCAGUUGUGGCAACCUGUGAACUGUACUGUAAAUGUUUUUGUUUUCCGCUGUGAAUCAUUAGAUAUCGGUUUCUCUGUCCCAGAUCAUGAAUUUUCAUUGGAGGAGGAAACCGUGUACAGAUUGUUUUAAAAAGAAUUAUGCUAUUGUUUUGUCCAUGCUAUUAUGUGAGAUUGUAGUUAGAAUGUGUGCAUAUGGUAUGUGUUUGUGUGAAUGUGCUUUUUAUAUUAAAUGCUGGAUUAAUCAUAUGAAGACUGAUAAUGGAUCAUGCCAUGAUUGUAUAAUUAUGCUGUAAAACCGAAUUAAAUUUUCUACUGCUUUU